UCACAUUACGAUAUAUGCUAUAAUUGUAGUGUACUGUUUGUAAUAUUAUAACUUCUAAAACACGAGUUUCCCGCCAAAUGUAACAUAACAACGUAUGUUCCUUAAUUGUAAACAAUGGAUAUGUCUGAAGAAACACCGCAAAGUGAAUAUAUAUUACGACCAAUGAAUUGUGAGUUAAAUCAACUUUCUAUGCCUGAUGGAUCAGCUAUGCUAAUGCAAGGAAAUACUGCAGUAAUUGCCGGAAUUUACGGACCAGUAGAAGCAAAACUACAAAAAAUGAUUUAUGAUAAAGCAUCAGUUGAAGUAUCGUACAGUCCUAUCAAAGGUCCAACAAAGGUGGAUGAUAGAAUGACAGAAAUGUAUAUCAAAGAAACAUGUGAGGCUGCAAUAAUUGUUACUUUUCAUCCAGCAACUGCUAUAUGCAUUAAUGUACAGGAAUUAGAAGAUUCUGGUGGGAUGUUGGCUUGUACAAUAAAUGCAGCUUGUUUGGCGCUUAUUAAUGCUGGUAUUCCAAUGAAAUUUACUAUUGCAGCAAUAAAUUGUAUGAUACAGAAAGACAGUGAAGAUAUUAUACUAGAUCCUGACAAUAUCCAAUUACAGGAGGCCAAAGCAGAAUUUACAUUUGCAUUUGACAGCAUGGACAAAAAUGUUAUAUGCUGUUAUACUACUGGUUGUUUUACAGAGACAGAAUUUUUAAAAACAAUGGACAGGUGUAAACAAGCUAGCCAAUAUGUAUUUGAUUUCUAUAGAAAUCUUGUAAAAAAGUAUGCAAAUGUGAUAUAAUACAUAUUUUUGGGGAA